CUAGAAGCACUCCGAAAGUAACAGAACUGUUGGUCAAUUUCGUGUAUCCGUUUAAUUAAUAAAUUUUAGGCCCAAUAUACCUUGAGCGGAACAAAUGCAGCUAAAGCCCGAUCCAAGAACAGGGGCUUUACACGCUUUGCUGCAAAACCCUAGCUGCAUAUAUGCAGCACAAAAAACGACGGCCUCCUAUUUUCAUUUCUACUUCUUCUCUGUUUAGCUCCUCGUUGCCGUUUUUCCCACCCACAGCGGCGCCGCCCUAUCUAAGGAGUCUACGCCGUAGCAUCCAAAAUGCCGCCUAAGUUCGACCCAACCCAGGUGGUGGAAGUGUUCGUCCGGGUCACCGGCGGCGAAGUUGGAGCUGCGAGUUCCCUGGCCCCCAAGAUCGGUCCACUUGGUCUGUCUCCAAAGAAGAUCGGAGAAGAUAUAGCUAAAGAAACCGCCAAGGACUGGAAGGGUCUCCGGGUCACCGUUAAACUCACCGUCCAGAACCGUCAGGCCAAGGUGUCUGUUGUCCCAUCCGCCGCCGCCCUGGUUAUCAAGGCCCUCAAAGAACCCGAGCGUGAUCGGAAGAAGGUCAAGAACAUCAAGCACAGCGGCAACAUCUCCCUGGAUGACGUCAUCGAGAUUGCUAAGGUGAUGAGGCCUAGGUCCAUGGCUAAAGACUUGACCGGCACUGUGAAGGAAAUUCUCGGAACGUGUGUUUCUGUUGGAUGCACCGUCGACGGGAAGGACCCCAAGGACUUGCAGCAGGAAAUUGCCGAUGGUGAUGUUGAAAUCCCCCAGGAUUAAAUAUUUAAGUAGCUGUUGAAAUUACUGUCGUUUUAUUAAGAGUUUUGUGCUUUAUUUUUCUUCUUUUUUGGAUAAUGGGAAACUUAAAUAUGGGAGACUUUGUUAAUUUCCAUAAUUCCGUUAAUUUAGAUGAAGUUUUGGAGCUUUGAGGAAUCAUAUAUGUGGAUCGCUCUAUCUGUUUGUUUGUGUUUUCAUGUUAUGUUCUAUUAGUAGAUUCCACUUUCAUUUUGCGAUGCUAUGCACUUGUGAUGCUCUAAUUUGUUCUUGAGGUAUGCAGUUCUUGUUCUUUUUGUAUGGUUUGGAGAAUGCUAUUGCCACGUUUGUCAUUUGUUUAGAUUCUCUUGUUGCUGUCCCUUUGCUCUGAAACAUCUUUUUUCCUGUUUAAGAAGGCUUAAAUAGAAAAUUGUUGGCUAUAUUUUUAUUCUUUCCCCUUAUGGGAGGAUAAUCUUCAGGCUUUGCUCUCUGUUGAUGCAUAAGGAUGAAGUAGUAUAUGAAUGUUUGAGUCAUUCAAUUGAGGUAUCCCCGUGCAAUUGCCAUGCCAUAGAAUUAGGAUUAUUUAUGCUGCAGAACUAGGAUAAGGAAUCAAGUGGGCUUGUCUUCUUACUUUGCCUUGAAUGUUAUUAGUAUCUGGCGGCAUCUUUUGUUUAUAUGAAGCCUUGUUGUCAUUUUUACAUGUUAAGUAUGCAAUAGAUUCUGUUUUCAAUGACUCUGGUUCUUGAGCCCUGUGAUGCUUACCUCUUUGCUUUGGAGUUAGCAUGGUUUCAAGUUGUUGAGUUAUUGUUGAGUUAUGGUUUGAAGGGUUCAUGUUAGGUUUUGUUUGGUAUGUGUUUUGAUUGAUUAGAAUUUUAGUGUCUGCCUACAUUCUUGGUGAAUUUGCACUCUGAAUUAUAUGGAGUUAUGUUGGGAAGAAGAGUGUUUGUUUCAAUUAGAAACAUUGUUCAUAGAUGAUGUUAAUCUUCUUUUUUUCGAUAUAUACAUGCAUUUCUCUUCGUUUGAGUAUGCUGUGGUGGAUUUUGGUUAGCCAAAAUGCAGAAGUUACUUGGAUUAUAAAUUGGAGAAAUGUCUGUCACUAUUUGUGGUCCUGGUAUCAAUGUGUUCGUUGCUUUAGCUCUUUUCCAACUCCAAAGAUUUGUUGUGGCUUCCAUACUAGUUCAAAAAUAAUUUCUUCAAGAUUUGCUCAUUUUACUCUUGUUAUGAGAGGUUGAACUUGAGUUUGCGCGUCAUUGACGAUUAGACACUUGAGAGUGCACAGAGCAGAAACAUGCGUGAUUGCGUGUACUUAAAAGAGCGAGGAUCGCGUUCCUUCCAGAUAAAAAAUCUGUGUAUUGAAGAUCUCUUCUUCCAUAUAAAAUAUCUGUGUAUUGAAGAUCUUUUGCAUCUUACGAUAUGGCCCCAAUAUGCAUGGUAUUUUUUUUUUUCCUGAUUCUUUUUCUCCACAUAUUGUUGAUGACGCUUAACAGCUUGGGACUUGUAUGUUGGAACAAGAUUUGCCUAUAAUCCUGAGUAAUGUAUGGGUGGGGUGUAGCUGAUCUUGAAAACCUAGAAUUUGCUAGUGCAUCUGCAAUUCUGCAUUCCGGAAAAUGUGCCUCCUUUCGCUGUCAUUUUUCAAAAUCUCUUUACAUUUUCCUUGUCCUGGUUCACUAGAGUCUAGAGUCUACAAGCUCAACAAACUGUAUAAGACAUUUUGUAGCCUGCUUAAAGCCCUACAAACCCUCGGGUUGAAUAAUUGGAAUUCAGACAGGAGCUAAACUAUCCACAUACCAGGCUUAUGAGCCUAUAAAAACUAUGUUGGGCUCAAACCUUGAGUUCACUAAGUUAGGUCAUUUUCCGCAAAGCCACAUAAGUUAAACAUGAUUAGUCAGAUACAUUAAUGGCCUAUAAUAAUACUAGAAGCUUUGUUCAUGAGAUAAAAUCCAUAUACAGUAUAGUGGUUUGGUUUAAAAAGUCGUUUACAAAGUGGCGCCAUGGAAUAAGACAAGCAUCACGUGUUUCAGUUCUUACUGUUGACUCAGCAGCCCACUUAAUUAUAGGACAAUAAUUCAUCAACUUGCUUCAACUAUUAUACAACAGUAUGUUUUUUAAAUAUCCUCUGCGUUAGAGUUAUGUUUUAGUUUGGUAAUUUAUUCAACUUAGUUUUACACAUGCUUGAUGAUGCUUCGGCCAAAGGCGGGCGUUUGGAAUGGUGAGUCAGUGACACUGUGGAGUGUGGAGAUGAUGAGAAUUUGCAAUUUUGUAUGUGUACAAAAAAAUGGGGAGAAAUGUCAGGGUCAAACGCGUUUCCACAAAGCAAGGUAAAAAGCAGCUGUCUGACCAACCUCCACCAUUAAAAAAAAAAAAGACAAAAUUAAUCGUACUCAAUUUUUAAUUCAGGGUUUAAAUUUCACAUUGUUCACGUUUCCUUUUUCCUCAAGCCCCGCAUAUAAAUCUUGCCAGGUUGUUGAAGCAUUCCCAUUCAUCAGUUCUUCCCGCAACAUCAGCCUACCUUAUUUACUUUCUCUGUCCCAAAUUUUCCCUUUAUAAUUCACGGUUUCAAUUCCUAAAUUAGAGUCAUUAAACAAGACUACAAGAGCUUUUGAUUCAGCCCCCUAAGCAGGCAGUUGUUGAAAACCCAAAAUCUCGAACAAAAGUUUCAAUCAAUUCCAAAAUGGCAAUGAAGAUGGGAAGCUCAGUUUCAGGGAAAUGGAUGGAAGUUGCUCCUCCUCUGGUAAUAAGCCCACAUAAACCUUCUUCCACCGCACACCAACUGGAGACCAUUGUGGAAGAGAACGAAGAAGGAUACGAAUCGUACGAGUCGUCUAAUUCCAGGCGGCCCAGUUUCAAAUGCCAUCUUAAUUCCAAUUUAUCUCCUCUCCUCUGAGUGUGUGCCUCCUCUUUCUCGAGAUGGAUAUCAUAAACUUUUUGCGAUCCGAGAUGGAAGUCCUAGAUUCGUAAAUUAGUAGGUACUUAUAUUAGAGAAUAUUGGAAUUUGGUGUAGUUUUAAGAUUGUGAUGUGAAUGAAAGGGAUAUGAUUAUGAACCAGAGAAUGCAGGGCAAAUGCAAGGAAUCCCCUGAAUCAGGAACUCUGUCUAUUUGUUUAUUGCACGUUUCGAUGGGAUAAUUUAACCCCUUUUCAAAUGUCAUAUUCUUUAUACUUUCGAUUUCUGUUUGUGUUUCCAAGUUUUUGCAUUGUGUGAUUGGCGGAUUGCUAUGCAAAAAGAAAUCUCCAUUUUCAGAAUGAAAACGUGACAUAACAAAAAAGUAAAGAGGUAAAACUGAUUUUUGGUUUUAUGGAAUGAGCAAAUGGAGCAAUGUAAAGAGCAAAUAAAUUUGUUUGCGGCUUCAUAUGACAUACUGCUCUAAUUUGCUUGGAAAAUGGCAACUUUUUGUUUUUUUGGGAAGUAAAUAUUACUACAUUCGUUUCAAAUUAAGUGUCGUUUUAAUAAAAUUGAUAAAUUCCAAUAUAAGUGUUGUUCUCCAAUGCAGUUUUUGUCAAAAAUUUUUAAAUUACCCUCAAAAGAAUUAAUAUUAUUUGUAGACAUUUUUUUUAAUAGGAUUGAUUGAGGA